AUGACAAACGAUUGGAAAACACUUGCUGAAGCUAAAAAGAAAUCUGUUGACGAGUUAAUUCCUCAAGAAUGGAGAAUUCCAACAGAAAUCAAAUCAAAUGUUUUAGGUCUUCAUGAAACUUUUGGUAUAUUGAAUGAAAAGGAAAUUGCAAUUACAAAAAAUUACAAAGUUAAAGAACUUUUAUCCAAAAUAGCAUCCAAAGAACUAUCAUCAGUUGAAGUUGCUACUGCAUUUUCCAAAAGAGCUGCAAUCUCCACACAGUUAACGAAUUGUUGCACUGAAUUAUUGUUUAAAGAAGCCAUUGAGAGAGCUAAAUGGUUGGAUGAUUAUUUGGAAGAAAAUGGACAGGUUUUUGGUCCACUUCAUGGUUUACCAAUAUCAGUUAAAGAUUCUCAUUUCAUUAAAGGUGUUGAUUCUACUGUUGGUUAUGUUUCAUUCAUUGGUAAUAAGGCAAAAAUCACAGAUGAUGCUGCGGUGGUUAAGAUUUUGAGAGAUUUAGGUGCUGUUAUUCAUGUAAAGACAAAUGUUCCAACUACAAUGAUGACUGGUGACUCUGAAAAUAACAUUUUUGGAAGAACUUUAAAUCCAAACAACUUGAAAUUAACUGCUGGUGGUAGUUCUGGUGGUGAGGCAAGUUUAGUUAAGCAAAGAGGGUCCCUUAUUGGUAUUGGUACUGAUAUUGCUGGUUCAAUUCGUAUCCCUUCAUUAUCUUGUGGUGUCUAUGGUAUUAGACCUACUGCUCAUAGAUUCCCAUUUGAAGGUAAUCAAUCACCAACCAGAGAAAACGCACUCUGUCCAAUCUCUGUUGUUUCAGGUCCAAUUGCUCAUGACUUGGAAGAUUUAAACUUUGUUUUGGAUUUGAUUUUAAAUCAUUCAAACGCCUCAAAGUAUUGUCAUGAUAUGCUUCCAAUUCCUUGGAAUUCAAAAAUUGAAUUACCAAGUACUAUUAAAGUCGGUGUUGUCUUGGAAUGUGAUUCAGUUCCUAUCCAACCUCCAUUGAAAAGAAUUAUUAAAGAAGCUGUUUCUAAACUAGAUAAAAAUUCAAAUUUUGAAAUCAUUUAUUUGAAAGGAUUCCCAUCUUAUAAAGAAGGGUGGGCAACUGCUUUUAAAUUAUUUAUAUCCGAUCCUAAAGAUGAAUCAAUUGCAAAUAUUUUCAAGUCUGGUGAACCAAUGAUUAAUUCAUUAUCAAAAGGUGGUAUGGAAGUUUAUGGACCGCCUCCAAAGAUACCUGAUGAAAUUUUUGAAUUAGUUUCAAAAAAAAAUGAAAUUAAGAAUAAAUGGAUUGAUCUAUUUAAUGAACAUGAUUUGGAUGUUAUCCUAGCUCCAGGUGCUCCACAUACCGCUUCACCACAUGAUGAUUUUGGUAUUGCACCAUAUACAACAGUAUGGAAUUUAGUGGAUUUCCCAGCAAUGGUGAUCCCAUUUGGUGCUGUUGAUAAAGAAAUUGAUCAAUAUGAUGAUGUCAAGAUUGAUUAUUGUCCAUGUACCGCUCCAAGUUAUGAUAAAGAAGUUUACCAUGGUGGUCCAGGUCAUGUCCAAUUGAUUUGUAGAACAUUACAAGAUGAGAAAUUGUUGAAAAUUGCAGAAUUGACUGAUAAGGUUUUAAAUAAAGCUAUUUAG